UGGAGGCAGCUGCGGGCGCGGGCGAGCUGGGCCAGCUGUGGCACCGGAGUGGGAGAGAAGGGAGGGAAGCGAGAGAAGCGAGAGCGCGGGGCGCAGGGGCAAGCGGUGCGGGCGGCCCUGUGAGGAAGGCGGACUUUCAGCUGAACUCUCAUCUCUCAACACUGGCAAAUAUUCAUAAGAUCUACCAUACCCUUAACAAGCUAAAUCUAACAGAAGACGUUGGCCAAGACGAUCACCAAACAGGAAGUCUGCGGUCUUGCAGUUCUUCAGACUGCUUUAGUAAAGCGAUGCCACCAAGGAAAAAGAGAAGACCUGCCUCCGGAGAUGACUUAUCUGCCAAGAAGAGCAGACAUGAUAGUAUGUACAGAAAAUAUGACUCAACCAGAAUAAAGACUGAAGAAGAAGCCUUCUCAAGUAAGAGGUGCUUAGAGUGGUUCUAUGAAUAUGCAGGUACUGAUGAUAUUGUGGGUCCUGAAGGCAUGGAGAAGUUUUGUGAAGACAUUGGUGUUGAACCAGAAAAUGUAGUUAUGCUUGUCCUUGCUUGGAAAUUGGAUGCACAAAAUAUGGGCUACUUUACACUACAGGAAUGGCUGAAAGGAAUGACUUCUUUACAAUGUGAUACAACAGAAAAACUCAGAAAUACUUUGGAUUACUUAAGAUCAUUAUUAAAUGAUUCUACAAACUUUAAGCUUAUUUACAGAUAUGCGUUUGACUUUGCACGGGAAAAGGACCAGCGCAGCCUAGACAUAAACACUGCCAAAUGCAUGUUGGGACUGUUAUUAGGAAAAAUCUGGCCCCUCUUUCCAGUUUUUCACCAGUUCUUAGAGCAAUCAAAAUAUAAAGUCAUAAACAAAGACCAGUGGUGCAAUGUGCUGGAGUUCAGCAGAACAAUUACUCUUGAUCUCAGCAACUACGAUGAAGAUGGAGCAUGGCCAGUUUUGUUGGACGAAUUUGUGGAAUGGUAUAAAGACAAACAGAUGUCCUAGGAUUUUAUGCAUAGCAGCGAGAGAGUCACUGUUACCACAAUUAUGUCACCCAUUAGCCAUAAAUUGCUGUUUGUAUCAAAGCGCAUGCUGCUUUUCUUGCACUGUCUCCCUUUUGCAGGGGUGUUUUGGUGUUUGCUAUCGAAUGGGCCAGCUCUGCUUGCUGUGUAGCAUUGUUCUCUUGGAAGGCUGCUUUGCAGUUUGUAUUUACACUACAGAUUGGUGAAUUUGCCAACGUCCUCACUGUGAUUAUGUGUAUAUUGCUGUUUAAAUUUUGUAUAUGUGUAUAAAAUGAAAAAGCUUCACCUAGAGAUUAUUUCUGCAAAAAUGUAUUGUAAAAAUAAUUUUGUGGCAUAUUUUUAGUCCCUUUUAUCAAAGGAACCAAUUAUACUUCAUUUGGUCUCAAAUGUAGCAUUUCAGGAAACCAGACAAAACACCUGUUACUGUGGGCAAACAUUGCCAGAAUUCACCUUACUGCGUAAGAGGCCAACUUCUCGAAGGAGAUCGGAGUCAUAAGUUUUAGGUGGCCUAUGCCAAAUAUUAUUUGGUUUACUUGACAACAUUAGCAUUUUAAAAUGGUGAAAGUGAUAAUUGAUCAUUUUGACAUGUCACAUGCCACAAAUCACUUCCAACUGCAAGGUAUAGGGUUUUGAUUUAUAUUAAAACUGUUGUAAGCUUGAAUAUAGGUACAAAUGAACAAAUUUAAGAUGCACCUU